AAGCCGAACUUGGUUUCCAAACCAAUGCUUGACAGCAUCCUUUGUCUUCGUGAUGACAGAUGGAAGUAUGUCCGGAGCCUCCUGACCCCAGCCUUCAGUGAGACCAAACUGAAAGAGAUGACACCGCUAAUAAACCAGGCCUGUGACGUCCUGCUGUGUAACUUAAAAGUCUAUGCAGAUUCUGGCAAAGCUUUUGAUAUCCAGAGGUGUUACAACUGCUUUACCUUGGAUGUCGUUGGUAGUGUAGCUUUUGGUACUGAGGUGGAUUCUCAGAAGAAUCCUGACGAUCCCUUUGUUAAGAAUUGCAGAACAUUCUUUGAGAUGUCUUUGUUUAAGCCUCUCCUCUUUCUAAUCCUUUCUUUCCCAUUCAUAAUGAUCCCAUUGCUCCGGAUUUUGCCAAACAAGAAACAGAAGGAACUGAAUGGAUUUUUUAUCCAAACUGUAAAAAAUGCAAUUGCCUUCAGAGACCAGCAAGAUGCAGCUGAGAGGCGAAGAGAUUUUCUUCAGUGGAUGCUAGACUCUCGCAGCUCAGCUGACUCCCUGGCAGCCGGGUGUUUUGAUGUGAUCAGUCCAUCUGCCACUUCCAGACAGAACGAGGUGCCUCUUGCUGGCAGGGGCCCAUCUGAAAAGGUUCAGAAGACAUUAACAGAGGAUGAGAUAGCAGGCCAAGCUUUCCUGUUCCUGAUCGCUGGGUAUGAGACCACCACUAGCACACUGUCCUUUGCCACAUACUUGCUAGCCACAAACCAAGAGUGCCAAGAGAAGGUGCUUCAGGAAGUUGAUGAUUUCUCAGCAAAACAUAUGGUUCCUGAUUACCAAAAUUUACAAGAACUCCCUUAUCUGGACAUGGUGAUUGCAGAGACAUUGCGCAUGUACCCACCUGCAUUCAGAUUCACUCGGGAAGCAGCUAAAGACUGCAUAGUGCUGGGGCAGCAUAUUCCAGCUGGGGCUGUCAUUGAAACUGCAGUUGGACACCUCCACCACAGCCCGGAGUUCUGGCCGGAGCCCGAGAAGUUCAUUCCUGAGAGGUUUACAGAGGAGGCCAAGAAGGAACGACAUCCCUUUGCAUACCUGCCCUUUGGGGCAGGACCCCGUGGCUGCAUUGGCAUGAAAAUGGGCUUGCUGGAGACAAAAAUUACUCUGCUGAGGAUUUUGCAGAAGUUUCAAUUUAAGACCUGUCCAGAGACUGAGAUUCCUUUGCAGCUGAAAUCAAAAGCCACACUUGGACCAAAAAAUGGAGUCUACAUCUUGCUAGAAUCUCGCUAAAAGAAAACGUACAUCCUGAAGCCUUCUGGGUGGGACCUCUUGUUCAGUACUCGCUGAGUAUAAUUAUUUUUCAAAACCCCAAAGACAGGUAGGGCCUGAGUCCCACUGAUGGUCAGUAGGUGUUGCCUCACUGCCCUCCUGUGGGAGAGCCUCCAGUCACUUUUUUAGCUGAGAUAUGAGCUCCGCAGUCUUUUUAGUGGUUUUUAAUUGCUGUGAAUAGUAUCUGUAGAG